GCCGAGGAGAGCCUUGCAAAGGACGUGUUAAAAGCGUGGAGGAACCGGUUUAUGGUUUUCCCCGUACGAUAUCAGAUUCGAACAUUAGUAUCAUAAUUUCGGUUCCGUUGGCCAAGGAAACGGAGAAGAACUCAGCACCUUACUACUACUGCUUCUACCUAGAAGAUCGACAAAGCCAAUAUAUUUCCUGGUACAAAUUACAUUCGGACACGCCAGCUCGUAUUGAACAACAAGAUGAAGCAGUCGCCAUUAAGAACCACUGUGCUCUUGUCUCUCCUCGGAGUCUCGACAGCACAGACAAGCACUUGGGGCGAACCGUUCACUGUCGAAGUCUCAGCCCCAGCCGCUGCUUCGACGGAUGCCCCCAUCCCUAGUCUUGCCUCGCCAUCAGCAGCACCAACAUCGACAUGGGGCGAUCCAUUCACGGUCAGCAACAGCCCAAUUGCUACUUCGCUCCCAAUAUCCAACGGCAUAUCCACAAGUAUAGCUGUUGACACGCCAACGUUUGUGUCGAGCAGCACGGUUGUGAGCAGCGCGGUUGUUAGUACUACAUUAGUCGUGUCGUCAGAGUCUAGCACAACAAGUGUUCAGAGUACGACCAGCACUACGGAUACCUCUUCGAGCAGUGCAAGCCCAACAAAUUCGCCCGAAACUUCGCAGCCUACCGGUGCUGCUGCACAUGGGAGGGGGUACGGAAAGUGGACUUUUACCGGAGCAGUAUUGGGCGCAGUAGGAGCCAUGUUUGUUUGAGAAGAUACAUGAAACUUGGCGGAUGAACGGAAAUAUGGCAGACUAAUAGGAAGAAUGGGUCGCGGGUAGUCGUGUAUGUUGCCACACAGCUAGGAUUGCCUGUACAUAUGUUCCCGAAUCGGUGUUUCGUCCCCGCCGGGUCAUUUACCCCAACACUUAAUAGUAGGACCGAGAAUAAAACAAUGCUUUCUGGUUUCCGAUAGGAUAAAUAAGCUGAAAUGUUUCAACGCACCGAACGCACCA